CGUCCGGGAGAACCUCCGCGCCGGCUCCUUUGUCGGCCACCUCGGAGAUGAGCUGCCCGACGCAGCUCCACCGUACACCAUCGUCCCCGUCCCAGGCAGUGCGGUCAACGAUGACCUCAAAGUAGACCCUCACACUGGUGAAAUAAGGACUAGAGUACCGCUAGAUAGAGAAAACAGGGACCAGUAUGCACUAGUCGCUAUCCCCGCGAGCGGCGAUAACAUCCGAGUAGUCGUUAGGGUUUCGGACGAAAAUGAUAAUGCUCCUACAUUCCCUACUUCAGUGAUGAACGUUGAGUUCUCGGAGAACACCCCCAGGGAUGUUAAGAGGAAACUGAAUCCUGCGAAGGAUCAGGAUUUAGGUGUAUUCAAUACACAGAAGUAUAAUAUCGUGUCGGGGAACACAGAUAACGCGUUUAGAUUAUCCUCGCAUAGGGAAAGAGAUGGGGUUUUGUAUUUAGACCUUCAAAUCAAUGGAUUUCUCGAUAGGGAGACGACUGAUCAUUAUGAGUUAGUUAUUGUAGCUUUAGAUGGUGGGACCCCUCCACUAAGUGGAACCAUGACAGUUAACAUAACUAUUUUAGACGUGAACGAUAACCCACCAGUAUUUGCGGAAAGCGCAUAUUCGGCAAAUGUUCCGGAAAACGCAACGGUCGGCACACCCGUUAUGAAAGUGUUCGCAACUGACGCCGAUGCAGGUGAAAACGGCUUAAUAGAGUAUUCGAUAAAUAGAAGACAAAGCGACAAAGAAAACAUGUUUAAGAUAGACCCGGAAUCUGGUGAGAUAACAGUGAAUAAAGCUCUCGAUUUUGAGACGAAAGAACUGCACGAAUUAGUUGUUGUUGCCAGAGAUAAAGGCGCGCAGCCCUUAGAAACAACAGCUUUCGUCUCUAUCAGAGUGACGGACGUGAACGACAACCAGCCGACGAUAGACGUCAUAUUCUUGAGUGAUGAUGCUACUCCAAAGAUAUCCGAAUCCGCUCGGUUGGAUGAAUUUGUCGCGCGGAUAUCUGUUCACGAUCCAGACUCCAAAACCGAGUACUCAAAUGUGAACGUUACGUUGAGUGGUGGCGAUGGCCACUUUGAUUUGCGGACACAUGAUAAUAUAAUUUAUUUGGUGGUCGUUGCGUUGCCUUUAGAUCGUGAGUUUAGGUCGUCGUAUACUCUGAACGUUGUAGCCACAGAUAAGGGAUCGCCUCCCUUGCAUGCGUCUAGGAUAAUCAGUCUCCGAGUGACUGACGUGAAUGAUAACUCCCCUGUUUUUCAUGAGAACGAAUAUAAAGCGAGUGUACCUGAAGCAGCCGCGCCUGGGACGCCUGUAGUACAAGUGUCAGCUUCUGAUGCGGACGAGGCAGAAAAUUCGGAGAUUCGAUACAGUCUUCUCCCGACUCCUCAGUCCGAUUGGUUCUCGAUCGACGAGCGUUCUGGACUAGUGACAACGCGGUCCAGAGUCGAUUGUGAGACGAAUCCGAUGCCGACGCUUACGGUGGUGGCUAAAGAUCGCGGUAACCCGCCGUUGUCGUCGACGGCGACUUUAGUGGUAACAGUGUUGGAUGUGAACGACAAUGAACCGAUCUUCGACCAGUCUUUCUACAAUGUAACUGUUCCUGAGAGCGAAGCCGUCGGCAGCUGUAUAUUAAAGGUAGCUGAUGUAAUAAGGAAUAACUUAGGCUACUUUUAUUUUAGAAAAAAUCUCUAAUUAACUUUUUUGUUCAAUUCCACGCAGACGAAGU